AUGUACGUGAGUUACCUCCUGGACAAGGACGUGAGCAUGUACCCCAGCUCCGUGCGCCACUCUGGCGGCCUCAACCUGGCGCCGCAGAACUUCGUCAGCCCACCGCAGUACCCGGACUACGGCGGCUACCACGUGGCUGCUGCGGCCGCCGCGGCCGCGAACUUGGACAGCGCGCAGUCCCCGGGGCCGUCGUGGCCCGCAGCCUACGGCGCCCCGCUCCGCGAGGACUGGAAUGGUUACGCACCGGGGGGCGCAGCAGCCGCCGCCAACGCCGUGGCACACGGUCUGAACGGAGGAUCCCCAGCCGCCGCCAUGGGCUACAGCAGCCCUGCCGACUACCACCCGCACCAUCACCCGCACCACCACCCGCAUCACCCGGCCGCCGCGCCUUCCUGUGCCUCAGGAUUGCUGCAGACGCUUAACCCCGGGCCUCCAGGGCCCGCUGCCACAGCCUCCGCGGAGCAGUUAUCCCCCGGCGGCCAGCGGCGGAACCUGUGUGAAUGGAUGCGGAAGCCGGCGCAGCCGUCCCUCGGGAGCCAAGUGAAAACCAGGACGAAAGACAAAUACCGAGUCGUGUACACGGACCACCAGCGGCUGGAGCUGGAGAAGGAGUUUCACUACAGUCGCUAUAUCACCAUCCGGAGGAAGGCCGAGCUGGCUGCCACACUGGGGCUCUCCGAGAGGCAGGUGAAAAUCUGGUUUCAGAACCGCAGAGCUAAGGAAAGGAAAAUCAACAAAAAGAAGUUGCAGCAACAACAGCAGCAGCAGCCAUCGCAGCCGCCGCCGCCUCCACCUCCGCCUCAGCCGGGUCCUCUGAGAAGUGUCCCCGAGCCCUUGAGUCCUGUAUCUUCCCUGCAGGGCUCAGUGCCUGGCUCGGUCGCUGGGGUGCUGGGGCCAGCUGGGGGGGUGCUAAACCCCACCGUCACCCAGUGACCCACAGGGGCCUGUGGCGGCCGAGCAAUUCCAGGCCUGCAGCAGAGCAAUUCCAGACUGAGCCAUGAGGGGCACGGACUCUGCUAGAAUCUUCACGAGAGACGCUUCCACACCCACAAACGCACACCUAUUCACCUAGCUCUUAGAGGAAAAAUGGGGGCCAGGCGUAAAGACAAGUGGGGUUGGGAGCUUCCAGGAAGAAUGUCUCCCUGAUUUUGACUUUUUCCCCAUCUGACUCUUUCUGCCAAUGAGGAGACAGGAAAUGACCAGCGGGGCUUCACCGAAUUUUGGCAGAAGUAUUGCCUGGGCUGGCUACACAGACCAGGCUUUCUGCCCCCUCC